GCGGAAGCGGGGUUGUCUGCCUGUCCCCGGAAGGCGUUCUGGGGCUGGGGAAAUGGCGGCGCCGGAGGAGGAGGAGGAUCCGUGGCCGGAGGUGUUGGAGCCGGGGCCGGCGGCUCUUCCUCGGCGGGAGCUGAGCCUGGAGCCGGGGGAGCCCCUGGAGCGCCGCGUCCGUUCCUCCGAGGGCCGCCUUCCCGCCGCCUUGGGCCGCCUGGGCGCCGCUCUGCGCCGGCUGGAGGUGCGCGGCUGCCUGGCGCUGAAGGAGCCGGGCCCGGCGCUGGGGCUGCUGUCGGGGCUGCAGGUGCUGGCGCUGCCCGGCUGCGGCCUGGGCCCCCAGGGGUUCUCGGCCUCCGGGCGCCUGCUCCCGGCCUCCCUCCGCACCCUCGACCUCUCCGCCAACGGCCUCGAAGAGCUCCCCCUCGAACUCGGAGGCGGAGGAGAAGGAGGCGGAGGAGAGGGCCAGGGCGCCGGAGCCUCUGGGCCGCUGCUUCCCGAGCUGCGCCUGCUCAACCUCCGCCGCAACCGGCUCCGCGCCCUGGGCCCCGGCCUGGCCCUCCACGCCCCGGCCCUCCAGGAGCUGCUCCUGGCCGGCAACGCCCUCCGCCGCCUCCCGGGCGCCAUGCUCCCCGGAAACACCGGCCUCCCUCCGCCGCCCCGAGCCCCGCGCCAGGCCCCGGCCCCCGCCUUGGCCCUGCUGGCCACCCUCGAGGCCUCCGGGAACCAGAUCCAGGAGAUGGACCCCUCCAUCGCCAGACUCACGGGCCUCAAGACCUUGGACGUCUCCAACAACCAACUGUCCGAAAUCCCCGUGGAGCUGGCCGACUGCCCUAAGCUGAAGGACCUCAAUUUGAAAGGAAACACCCUGAAGGACAAAAGGCUGGAGAAGAUGGUGAACAGUUGCCAGACGAAAUCCAUCCUGGAGUACUUGCGGGCCGGGGGCCGAGGGGGCGGCAAGGGGAAAGGCAAGCAGGAUGGUCCAGAAAGGGAAGAGCCAAGGAAGAAGAAAAGAGAGAGGGCCAGGAAGAAGGCAGGCAGUGACGCCGAGGAGGAGCUGGAGGAGGCCCAGAAGCUGCUGCUGAAGAUCCUCCACAUUGCCGAGAACCCGGCGCCCGUCGUAGUCAAAGCCAGCCCCAGCGUCAAAGAGGUCCGGCCGUACAUCGUCUGCUGCGUGGUGAGAGGAAUGAAUUUAAGCCCAGGAAACACCUUGAAGAGGUUCCUUUCUGUCCAGACUAGACUCCAUGAGGACGUCUGUGAGAAACGGACGGUGGCCACCAUCGCCACACACGACUUGCGGCUGGUGAAAGGUCCUCUUCUGUAUGACGUCCAGCCGCCAGAUGAUUUGAAGAUCACCCCUUUGGGCCGGAAGGAGGUGAAGGCGAAAGACCUCCUGCGGCAGCUGCAGUCUGAAGCUGAGGAACAGCGGAAACAGAAGAAGAGGCAGAAUAUCUCUGGAUUGCACAGGUACCUUCAGUUACUCAAUGGGAAGGAAAACUACCCCUGUCUCAUCGACGCCGAGGGCACUGUGAUUUCAUUCCCGCCAAUCACAAACAGUGAGAAGACAAAGCUUGGGAAGAACACAUCUGACCUGCUUCUGGAAGUCACGAGUGCCACAAGCCUCCAGAUCUGCAAAGACAUCAUGGACACCCUCAUUCUGAAGAUGGCAGAGCUGAACAGGUCUGCUUUGGGGAACAUGGAUGGGGAACCAGGUUCGGAUCACGACUCCAAUGACGAAAACGCCAGCGUUCCUGCCACCUCGCCUCUGGUCUUGGAACAGGUUCGGGUCGUGGACACGGAUGGGAACCUGAAGGUCCUCUAUCCCUCCAAAACGGACCUGGGCACAGUCUCGUCUCUCGUCACCGUCAUCCAUUGAGCGCCUUUGGCUCUCUCCUCCCGUCGUGGGGUAUGUCCUACAAGCGCCUGUGCGCAGCAGCCUCACUUUGGGACAGUUUUUAAAAUACAAAGCGGCAAAAUAUAUCAGUCACCUUGCUCUGGUGGGAGGGUCGGGGGGGUUCAUGCGACGGUUGGCACAGCAGGGUUUUGUGGCCUCAAAAGAGACUCGAAGCCCCGCUUGGUUAAUAAAACAUGAGCUGCCACCCAUAAUCAAUACGUGAAUGAAUUUUAUUAAACAAAACACACCAGAUGCCUUCUCUUCA